UGCACUAUUGUAAAGUGGCUGUUCCACUGGAUGUCAGAAGGUGAAUUCACCAAUUUGUAAGUCGCUCUGGAUAAGAGCGUCUGCUAAAUGACUUAAAUGUAAAUGUUUUGUCAGUCACUGACAGUCACUCAAUUAGCCGUGUCAGCGAAACAUUUUUAGAUUGGUAAAUUAGUCUAGCAGCCAUCUAAACGUAUAGUAAUAAUGCCUGUAACCAACCAGGCAUGCAGGGCACGUGCCCAGUGGCCCUGACCUGCAGGGCCAGUGGCCCUGACCCAUUGUUUUGUUAGUCACUCUCACUCAGAUAUCAUUAACAUGGCACAAGUCAUGGCAAAAUGUGUAGAACAGUAUGAAAUUAACUUUUAAACUGCAAAACUGUCUCUCCACCCCAUGGCAAAAUGUGUAGAAUUGCAAAAAAUGUGCUUUAAAUCUCUCUUCAGAUGAUCCUAUUUUCAGCCUGCUGUAUCUGUGGGUUGAUCAGUGGGAUCCUAAACUUCCAGUUUGUGCGUGUGGUGGCAAAGCGUCCCGAUGCCCUGCCGUCCCUCUACCUGGCCAUCAUGGUGCUGGCCUGCCUGGGCAUCGGCGUGUCCAUCCUGUUUACCUGGCUCACCUGUCGUCUGGCCAGCAGCGAACAGCAGAGGAUGUACCUGGAGAGAGAGCUGUCCCUGCACCAUUCCCAUGAGAUGAAUGAAAAGGAGUUGGCUGAGAGAUCUGAGAGAGCAGCCAGCAUUCCCCAGAUCUCCUUCAAUGGAAAGUCCUCACCUCCAUUGUCAUUAGGCUGAAGCCCAGCUGUGUUACUGUAUUCAAAGCAUCAUGGAGACAAUGUUGGUUCCAUUCAACACCAACGGUUACAUGGGACGUGAUCUCUUGCAAUGAACUAAUACACAAAGGAAUCAACAUACGGCAACACUAUGAGAAGGCGCUGUGAGAUUUGACCAUUGCUUUACCAGUGACGAUGUAGGCUGAAUGAUGCACCUGAUAGUCCCCAGACAUGGAUUUGGGGGACAUGGAAACAGCCGGUAGAGGGGACAAAGCUAUGGCACAUCCAAAGGCUCAAAAACAACAACUAAACCACUUGAGAUUGUCAGUGUUGAGAUGGUGAAAGACAUAUACUGUAACUGCUUCAGGGUUUGACUGGUCAUAGAGAUCAUGUCAUACAGUGGAAGUUGUUUCCAUUUUUAAUUAUUAUUUAUGUAUUUAUUAUUUAAAUAUAUCUUUGUUUAUUCAUAAGCAUGAAAAUAUAAUAACAUCCCAUCUGUGAUAGGUUUUUACAAUUUAGAGCAUUGUAAUGAAUUAAAGGUUUAAUGAUGGUGAUGGAUGACGAGUACGACAGAUGAUGAUGGUGAUGGAUGACGAUGAAUGAUGAUGACUACAAUGGAUGAUGAUGACUACAACGGAUGAUGAUGAUGGUGAUGACGACUACGAUGGAUGAUGAUGGUGAUGACGACUACGAUGGAUAAUGAUGGAGAUGACGACUACGAUGGAUGAUGAUGACUAUGGUGGAUGAUGUUGAUGACUUUAUUGUAUCCAUUAGGACAUUAAUUCUAUAUGUAUUAGUAUAUUUUGCAGCAGACCACAACCAGUAGGAGGCAGUAGUGAUAGUUAUAUUCCCCCACUAGAGGGAGCACUCCAUCUCCUUUUAACAUAUCUCUGUACCAAACGGCACCCUAUUCUCUAUAUAGUGCACUACUUUUGACCAGAGCCCUAUGGUCAAUAGUGGUGCACUAUAUUAAGAAUUGGGACUCAGAGUUGAAUCUUUUAGUCAAACAUUUGAACAGAAUAAUAAAU